AGCGUCUGGAAGGUCUACUCCAUAUUUGUUGUUUUCUUCAACUGUAAACGGAACCACGAUGUAUCGCAACUGUUCACACCUUUUCCUUUUUGCAUUCUUGUCUUUUCAUUCCCGCUCGGUAUUUCACGAAAAAAAAAUAAUAACAAGGCCAGAUACCGCCAAACACCGCUGUCGCUUUUAAUUAUUCACGUCUACUACGGUACGCCGGCAAGAACUACACGAAAAAAAAAAAUGCUUGUACACGUGGCCAAAACUGUCGUCACCAGCGGACUGCGUAGUCGUCGUCUACACGCCGUGACGUGUCGCUCGUUGCCCUUCCUUGUCGAACGAUGUGUUGUGCAGCGACGAGGGCGUUGCACGACGACAACGCGGCCGUCGCGCUGCUCUUCUCCAGCUCACACAAACCGACCGUUCACUCCGGAGAACGAGGAGAAGAAAUUCUCAACGAAGAUGUUAGCAGCAGCAGCAGCAUCAUCAGCAGAAACCUCUACAAGUGCGGACAUCGUUGACCAGACGGCACCGCAGUGCGAGAAGGUUCUGCGCGAUUGCACGGACAACGGAGAGGAAUACAACGCCGAUACCCCAGGCGUUGUGGAUCUGGUGAAGCAACUUCAGCAAUUAGCAGCACGUCGCGGCCAUCACUCAUCUUCUAGAGACGGCUGCACAACGUCUGAAGGCAGUGCUGAUGCCCUGGUGGACCUCAUGAUGACCGAUGAAUCGGUCAUCGAUCACGUUCUCCCGCACCGUACAGCUCCGGAAAGCACGGUCAGUGGAUCUGAGCAGCCGGCGUGGGAAGCGGGACUGCAGCUGGCUGAGAGAUCUCUGUGGAGCGCCAAGGUGGCGGAGUGGCUUCUCUUUCUGUGUCUACGGAGCCAGGACGCUGCGUCAGCGGCCCCAGCACCGUUGGAAGUUUGUGAGGGAGUCUACCGAGCGUGGAGGCAGCGGCGCAACACAACGGCAGCAGCAGCAUCAGCAGAAAUGGAGCAUAGCAUCGUUCAGGGCACAGAAGAUGUAAAUGAGGAAGACAAACACGCAGAUGCAGCCGUUUCGCUCCGUUCUCCCUUCGAGCCAAAGGGCGUGCAUCACCACUACGCCGCGUGGCUUUUGAAGGAGUUCCACUCGACACAGCGGUUUGCGGAACAAGUACGUGCUGCUCAUGGUGAUUCUGCGUACCGUGAAGCAGACGUGUGCGCCGAUGGCGGUGGUGGGGCGCGGCAAAGAAAACCUGCAGACGCCUCUCCUCGUGAGUUUAGUGAAGCUGAGGCGGUGCAUCAUGCCCAUGUCUUGAUAAACCGUGCGCUGGAAGUACUCCUACUCGAACUUCCACAAGAUGCAGCGGUGGCCUUUCCGUUGGCUGGCGCAGCGUCAUCAGGACGCCAUCGCCGCCAGCGCACGCUUUCCGCACUGCGGCCCACCACUGCUCUGCUGGUGUUGGAGGCAUCACGGCAGCUGGCACAGCUUGCGGCCCACCAUCAUCAGCACCAGCACCGUCAUCCGCUACGGAACUACACGGCUGCCUUUCCUCUCCUCGCAUUUCUCACCACUUCACCGCCGUCUUCUGUUGCUGCUCCACCAGACGUCAAGGUGUGCAACGCGCUGGCAAAAGCGACCCCGCUUGCGGAUGUCGCUCGCGCAGCGUUUGAACUUGUGAUACGCACGGCGCCUCCUCCACGUGGCAUGUCAACGAUGGGUGUGUCCGCGCCACAUGCCGUUCAAAGCGAUGCGGUCAUGCUGUAUCUCGGCUUCCUCAUGGCCUCCGCAUCCUCGCAGAGGCGAACCACUGACGGGAUAAACCGUGUUGUGCGCGAGGGGUCGGCAACGGCACGUCAAUUAUCUCGACACAGCGGAGACCACUCCGUUUUUGAAACGGAGCCUCGAAAUCGUAGCGCUCUUUUGCCUGUAGAGGACCGCGUUACAGAGACCGUCGCCGCCGCGGUGCGUACGCUGCUCUCCUCAUACCUCAGUGACAACGCUCCGUCAACUCCGAAGACGCCGACUGCGUGGGCAGCGGAAAGAAGCUCUACGCGUCAAGCCGUGAUGAAGGCAUUUGCUGGCCUUCUUCCUCAACCCACUCCUGCCAAUCUCUGGUCAGUCUUUACGCUGCCAAGUAAUGAGGACGCAUCGCUGGAGCAGCGGUAUACGAGCCCGAAUUUCACGCAACGGCAGAAACACACGCGACCAGUCUCGUGGUGUGCGUGGCUGCUUCGUGUGCUUUUGUGCGACCUGGAGCGAUCAGGGCAGGCGUCGACCGGACAGCAACGAAACACUCCGCACAGUAGCAAUAGCAGUAUUACUGUAUCGAUCACGGAAGCUGAUUCGACGGAGGUGUGGAAGCGUCGGUCGGACUGGAUCAUGUUUAUGACUACACAGAUGAUGAUGCAGCUGCGACAGCAGUACAUAUCCGCACCCCUUCAAUCACCGCAUCGUCUGACGCGCUCGACCGCCGUCGCUGUGCAUCGCCCUUUGCAAGAGGUGUGGCAUCUCAUCUUUCAAGCCGCCUUACAAGGAUAUUUUCUCUACGUCCCGUGCGCAGAGAGUGCGGCCUCCGUGCCCUCUCUGCAGGCGUUUCGCUCCCCGCAGCGCCCACAACGACGACCGUAUCACAGUCCUGGUGCGACGGCCCACGAUGCACCGCCCAUUCUUCUUCAGCUGUGCUACCCGUAUUACGACAAAACGCAGUGGCGCGGCCCCUCCGUGAACCUGUACGUGCGCUUACUAGAUCAGUGGGGUCAGGGCGAGCACAUACGGCAGGUGUUUGCAGCCGUGGCACGGCGUGAGAGCGACUCGCAAGCCGAAGUGCAGGCAGCAGUGGCAGCGGAGCAGAGAAGAGAAAGUGGGCAGGCACCGCAGAGCGCUUCGAUAGAGCAUAACGAGGCCGCUGCGAACCGCAUUGAUCGUGCUUUCCGGCGGUACCGCCCCGCGCUUCACCUUCAUACGUGUCUCACUACGUUGAAGUACUGUGGCUGUUCUGUGAAGGCCCUGUCAGCGCUGAACUCCGUGGAUGGUGGACGUGCAGGCCGUCGAUCGCACGACGAGGAGCUCAACGAGGAGAAUGUCAACGCCUCUUGUCACCGCAGCGGCUCUCAAGCGGCCGCCGAUGCGCGACUGGCAGGCGAAGUAGUGCGAUACAUAUUAUGCUCCCUGCACGUGAUGGAGCGCAACGCCAAGCACACGGCCCUGCGCCACAACCCGGUUGAUCCAACGGUGGACGGUGAGGACGAAACCGACGCAGGCGCGACGACGAUGCUGAUCACAGAGGGCUACCCGCUGGCACAGUGGGUCAAGUGGGUAGGAGACUGGUGCGUGCCCGCUGUGGAGCAGCUCUAUCGAAACGCCGGCUUAGAGGACGAGUGGGCUGCGCUUGGGUACUGA